GAGAGAUCGUUUGAUUCAGAUGUGGAUGUCACAAGGUUAUUUAAGUGGUAGUCAAAAUCCGGAGGAAGAAGGUGAAAAAAGCUUUAAAAUUCUAACCAUGCGGUCUUUCUUUCAAGAUCUCCGCAUAGGUUUUGAUAGAACAAUUCUAGGAUGCAAAAUGCACGAAACAUUGCACGACUUUGCCCAAUUUUUGACAAGAAACGAAUGCUCUACCAUGGGAGUUGGAGUUGAUAUGGAGAAAACAGAGCCUCCUGGUGUUGAAAAGAUCCGGCACUCUACCUUGGUAUUAGCACCUAAUUUUCCCCAAAUUCCUACUUCAAUAUUUGAUCAAAGUAAUCUGCGUUCCCUCUUCAUAGAUUGUACUUCAAAUACUAGUUUAGGUGAUGAAAAUAUGGUGUUCUUUCAUCAAAACUUUCGUUAUCUGAAACAUCUUAGAACACUAUUUUUGACAUCUAGCAAAAUGACAAAGGUACCAGAGCAAAUUGGGCAGUUGAUACAUUUGAGAUAUCUCAACGUGUACAAUAGCAUGAAUUUGCAAGAAUUGCCAGAUGAAGUAUGUGAUUUAUGCAAUUUACAAACUUUAAUGAUUGAAGGUUGCAGGCGGCUUCAAAGACUACCAGAAGGGAUGGGAAAGCUAGUGAAUUUGAGGCACCUUCUUGUGAAUGGCUGUCAUGCAUUGGUGGGGUUGCCGAAAGGAAUUGGUGGACUAACUCAACUUCGGACGCUAGACACAAUGGUUGUACCAAAGAAGAGUGAAGCAGCAUAUUUUUUGAGUCUAAGAGAUUUGAAAAAGUUGAAUCACCUUCGAUUUCAAUCGUCUGUUUUUAAAAUAACUAAGUGCUGUAAUUUGAUAAAUCGGAGCAAGAGUGAGCUAAUGUAUUGGGAAUGUCUAGUAACCCUAAUUCUAGAUUUUGGAGGGAGUGAAAAAAAGGAGGAAAUUAGAGACGAAGAAGAUGAAUUUGGGAUACUUGAAGCCUUACAACCACAUCCAAGCUUGAUGUAUUUAGGAAUCACAGAGUAUAAGGGUACCAAUUUGUAUCCCAAAUGGAUGAUGGGGUUGGAUAAGUUGAGGGGGCUCCACAUUAUACACUGCAAGCAGUGUGAGAGUUUACCUCCUUUGGGAAGCCUACUACCUUCACUCGAAGAGCUUGUUAUUGAUGGGUUGGAUAAAGUGAAAAAGAUAGGUGAUGAGUUGCUGGGCCUUGGAGUGGAGCAAGCUGAAGCUGUCUCAUUCCCAAAACUGAAAGGGCUUGGGUUUUACAACAUGCGGGAUUGGGAAGAUUGGGAAGGCACUGCACGCACUAGUCUUCGAUCGGGAGUUAUGCCGUGUCUCGAUGUCUUAAGAAUUGAAAAUUGUGGCAAUCUCAAAUCACUACCACCCUUUCUCAAACUCACUCCAUUGCACACUCUGUGUAUCAACGCCUGCGGGGUACUAUCACAAUCUCUGCAAAAAUCGGAAGAGGAGUUUACCGAGAUUUCUCACAUCCCAUGCAUCAUCAUUGAUGGUCAAGAGACUAUCUAGAUCCGAGUACAACAUCAGCGACGAUGAUGCAUUUCAUUUGAUUUCUAAAUCAACUUGUUAUAUAUGGAAAUUAAGGUUUCACCUAAGCUCAACCACUUCAUCAUUAAUCUCUCAAGUGUAACAACAAAAGGACUUGAAUGUAAUAACUUCAAUUUUAAUUCAAUAAAUUUGCAAUUACUGAAUUGUAUGUAAUCAGAACUUUGAAUAUCAUAAAGUAGUUAUUUAUUUGUAACACGAAAAGGACGUAAAUAUAAUGAUUGUUAUUUAUAUUUGCUAUAUUGAA